CUGCACAAGUUGAGGAGCAAUUUUUCACUCCAAAUCUGCUCCAAUCAGAGGGCGCCAGGCUGUGUAACUGUUGUUACCGUGACAGCUGUAUUAUGGGAUGUACAUAUGGCUGCUUCCAGGGAAGAAAUGGACAGGACCAGAAAACAUUUACGCUGGGAUUUUUGUAAAGAUUUGCGGUCUUGUACAUGAAUUAGGACACCGUGUGAGAAUGCUGGGACUCCGUGUGGACAUCUCUGUGUACUGCUGUUUUAAUUCCGCUGUUUAAACCCAUUCUGGCCGUUUUAACGAAUCAACGAUAAAUAAAUCUAGCACUGCUAACAGGAUCUCGCUUGAACAAAUUAAUUCAAAGGGAAUAAAUUGGGAACUUUUUUUCCCAUAUGCAAAAACAGAUUAAAUCAAACCAACCUGCCUUGUGAAAACCAAUACAGCCGCCAUGCCCGGUGAUGAUAAACCACAACAGGCCCGGCACAGGAAGAAGAACAAAAAGUCCCGCUCCAAGGGGAAGGGUCCUGGUGGGAGUCCCAGCGCUCAUCUUCAAGACAUCUUAGAUGCAGAUGAUGAUCUCAUAUCAUCCUGUCUUCAACCGCCUUCUCCUAAAAAGCUGCUUGAGGAGAGGCCUAAAGUGUCCAUCGCCGAAGUGGAGGAGGAAUCGGCCAUAGCGAUCGGUCUUCAGGUACUUUUCCCCUAUCUGCUGGCCGGGAUGGGGAUGGUGAUGGCUGGCAUGGUGCUGGACAACGUACAGCACUGGGAGGUGUUUAAGGUGAUAACUGAGGUUUUCAUCUUGAUUCCUGCUCUCGUUGGGCUCAAAGGAAACCUGGAGAUGACCCUGGCUGCUCGGCUUUCCACCGCUGCCAACACGGGCCAAAUGGAUGACCCGGACAAACAAUGGACCAUGGUGUGCAGCAACCUGGCUCUUAUUCAGGUUCAGGCCACAGUGGUGGGAUUCCUGGCGGCAGUGGCAGCCAUCUGUUUAGGUGCAAUCUCCAGGGGAGGUGUAGAACUGGAUCAGGCAGCCGUCCUGUGCGCCAGCAGCAUUACCACUGCCUUCGUUGCUGCUCUGUCCUUGGGCCUGGUGAUGAUCGGAGUGAUCAUAGGCUCCAGGAAGGUGGGAAUCAACCCAGACAAUGUGGCCACGCCCAUUGCUGCCAGCCUGGGGGAUCUAAUCACACUGUCCCUGCUGGCUGGGGUCAGCAGCACACUCUACGAGUACAUAGAAAUCUGGUACCUAUCUCCUUUGGUGUGCCUGGUUUUCCUGGCUCUGAUCCCACUGUGGGUGGUGUUGGCCCGAAAAAGUCCACAGAUCAGAGAGGUUCUCCGCUCAGGCUGGCAGCCUGUUAUAGUAGCCAUGUCCAUUAGCAGUUUUGGAGGCCUUAUACUGGACAAGACAGUGAGUGACCCCAACUUUAAGGGGAUGGCAGUCUUCACACCUGUUAUUAAUGGAGUGGGUGGAAACUUGGUGGCCAUCCAGGCCAGCAGGAUUUCAACAUACCUGCACUUCUGGAGUGACCCAGGUGUGCUGCCCAGCAAAAUGAGCCGACACUGGCCCAAUCCGUGCAUCACCUUCUUCUCUUCAGGGGUGAACUCUAAGUCAGCGCGGGUGCUGCUGAUGCUGGUCAUACCCGGGCACCUCGUCUUCCUCUAUGCCAUCUCUCUGCUGCAGGGAGACGAGGCUCCUGUCACUGUAGCCUUCACCAUCUGCUACUUGUGUGCCGCUCUGCUCCAGGUGGCCAUCCUUCUCUAUGUUGCUGAUCUCAUUGUCCGUUUGAUGUGGAGAAGAAGUCUGGACCCCGAUAACUUCUCCAUCCCCUACCUGACAGCUCUGGGGGACCUGCUGGGCACCGGGUUCCUGGCCCUCUGUUUCCGCUGCGCCUCACUGAUUCAGAGUUUGAGCAUGUGACGAUUUUCCCGCUAAUCUCUGAACCUUGAGACAACACCUGUCUUAUUGCAUCACUUUUUAUGUCUUCUAAAACAAGUUUUAGAGUUUAUCACAGAGCUGGUUCAAACCAAACCUUUACUUUCACACUCUAGCACCUCCAUGAUCUGCCUUGUUUCAGUCCUUUAUUUGAGAUAGCAUGUGUCAUAGCUCGUUUACAUGCUGAUAGAUUUCCUGCACUUACUGCAUUGUAGUUUGGUUCCUUCUGUUUGCCAGAGGUGCAUCAGCUGGGUCACUUGGUCUGUUUCUGGACUUCAGUUGGAGGUUAGAUAUUCUUAAAAAGAAACUUUCAGUGUUCAUUUUUAGGUGGGCAUUACCUAAACCAUAUGUGCUUGAGAACAUAGAGGCUGAUAUACAGAAAACUAGCUGGAAUUUAAUGAAGAGUUCAGAGUUUGCAUCAUGAUGGUGCCCAUUAGGUGAAGUAGAUGGGGGAUGUUUUGUUAUCUUUUUUUAAAGGUUCUUAUCUCCAUUACUCUUCACAGAAUGUACUUUUACCACUAAGAAUGAUCAAAAUCAAAUCAAAACAAUUUGUUGUCAUUCUAUAACUGAAAGAGCUGCACAGAGAAAUCAGCUGAUGACCUCCAUUACCCUAUUUUCAUCCUGACCAGCAGUGACCAAAGGCUAGCCAGUCGGAAACUCAAAAAUAAGUUUGUUUGUUUUUUUCGAUCAGUGAACACACCAUCUUCUUUGUGGAGGUUGUUACCAUGGUAAAGAUACACAGCUUAACCUAUUUUAGUCUCAGUAAAAUAGCAAGAAUAAUAAGCUUUAGGCCAAUUUUACAUAGGAAGUGCUUUAAAACCCAUUAGUGUAUAUGUGUUGCGACCUGCAACUUGCGCUCCAGUUAAAUGUGUUUGAACUUGAACGCAGCAGUUCCAGUCAGAAAGAAUCAUGUGUCUAUGCUCUGAUUGGAAACCUAACAUUUUGUUUUGGACUUUACUUUGACAGCCAUGUGAAAGGCCGCCACACUGCUCUCCAGUCAGUAUCAAGUGAGAUCAGACUUUCGCAACUCAACCACAGUAUCGCUUUCUUCUUCCUCAUAUUUAGUGAAUAUACAUGAUCUUUGGCACAUAACAUGCUGUGUUCAAUCAGCGGUAUGAAAACAUUUAGGACCCAGCACAGCCAAACCUGGAACCAAUUUCUCUGUGCGCUCUUCUCCCUUGGCUUGAUUCCAACAGUAGUUGCAUUGCUUGCAACUCUCUACGUGAACACAUCCUUAAAGGGGUAUUUUGGAUUGUUUGAAUCGAGGCUCUUUAAAGUUAUUUUUAGUAAUAGUUUUCUUACCUCCGAUAGAAAGAUGUCAUAUUACCAUGAAAGUCCUAGGAGUGGUAGAUGGUGAACAGCUGAUCUGACAUACACUGCCUGUUUUAGCUGACUUUAGCAAUUUAAACCAAUCAAAAAUGAAAUUCUUUGUUGUUUUGGAGCAACUGAUAGCCAAAACUUAUUUCAACAAAGUUGUUGCUUAUUGAUUCUUUUAAGUUUUCAAUCUCUGUUGGUUUUGGAGACGCUGGCAGUCUUUUGGGAACCUCAGAGUUAAAAGGUCAAUAUUUUCUAGGAAAUACUCACUGAGACUGCUGUUGCCAAUCAGUAGUUCUAAUCAUGCUAACUGCUAAUAGAAGAUAUAAAAGUAAAUUGGUAAUUAGGUCUUAAAUUAGUAAGGCGCUGUUUUACAGUGAAUGCUCUCUUGCGCACAGACAGCGAUGUUGCCUCUUUUCCAAAAAUAAAUAAUUACCGAUCUCUGAUGACAGGAGAUCAGAUAGGAUUGGAAGCAAAAUAACUAAGCCAGGGGAUUUUAGUUAAUUUUACUGUUGUUCCCCAGGUCAUCCAUACAUCUUUGGUCUGCCAACCGAACUGUGUCAAGCUAUGAACCAUUCUUCUACGCAUUGAUGAGCACAAAUGAUCAUGGUGAAAAGAAAGUACACAUUGGGUGAGAGGCAGGUACACCCCUGGAGAGGUCGCCAGUCCAUGACAGGGCAACACAGAGGCUUACAUAAUUGACAAACUUGCAUGCAAACACACACACACACCUAAGGGCAAUUUAGAGAGACCAAGAGUUUUGGACUGAGAGUCCAAGGGAGGAAGCCAGAGUAUCCAGAGAGAACUCCCUCAUGCGCAGAGAGAACAUACAAACUCCGUGCAGAAAGAGCCCAGGCCAGGAUUCAAACCCAGAACCUUGCUGCAAGGCAACAGUGCUAAACACUUCGCCACCUUGCAGUCCAAUGGCAGAUUCCAACAUUUGUCUAGAUUUAUUUAUUUACAAAAGAAAAUGACGCCAAAAUGGAAAAGCCGAGCUUGAAAAACUAAGCACACCCUAAGAUUCAAUAGCUUGUAGAAGCACUGUUGGGAGUGAUGACUUUAUCAGAUUCGAGCCUUGCUGUGGAGGACUGGGUUCUCUUCUGUAUACACAACAUUAAUUGAUUAUUGCAUGUCUCAGCUUUAGCCAUCACCAUCACCCCUCCAACACUGUGCUUCACAGUUGUAUAAUAUGUGCUGUGUUUGGUUAUGGUCAAACAUUCUUACUUUAGACUUAACACUGUCUAUGGAACAUUGUUCCAGAGGUUUGGUGUUUUAAUCAGACGGAACUUCAUGCUGUAAUGUUCUCGUUAUUUCUUUAAAGCACAAAGGCUUUCUCCUGGCAACCUUUCCAAACAAGCCGUACUUGUUCAGUCGUUCUCUAGCUGCUCUGUCAUGAACUUUUCACAUCUAAGUCGCUAAUUGAAGCUUGAAGAUUCAAAGACUGGAACACUUGUUUUUUUUUUUUUUUUUUACAAUUUUCAAGAGUAAUCCCAUCACCACCUAGCUACCGACCAAGCUUUCCCAAGCUACUCAAAAAUGCAUAUAACUGUAGUUUUUUGGUCUGUCAUUAUUCUCUGUUUCAUUUGAAUUUAACAUUUUCCAUCUCUUUCCAAAACACUGUGAAGCCUGAAAACGAGUCUACAUGUCACUACCUUUACAGCAACUUAUUAGACGUUUCAGUAUUUUAUACGUUAGUUCUUCUGUUGCCAUUUAAGGUAAAAUAAACACUAAAUUGAGGAGUUUUCAGUUUUUGUUUGAGUGUUGACAUGGACUGCCUGGCUGCAGAGUUUUGAGUAUUCCUUCAGUACUUAACGAUUAACGAUCCCUUUAUCCCCUUUAGACAUCACACAGCCAACACGUGUAUGGAGUACACAUGUUCCAAAAUGCAUGUGUGUGCUCUAACCUUAACACAGGAGCUUUAAUGAGAUCCAUAAAGGUAGACAUGCACCACACAUCUGGCAUAGCCGAGGUACGAAAACAACCUGUCUUACCUGGUGACUAAAGGUUUACAAUGAGGUAAACUGGUGUUAGUCGUGCUUUGCUACAAGCUUUUAGUGUGACACCGAUAUACACUACUGCAGUAUAUUUCACUUAACCUUGCAGUGUGGGGUCUGUCUGUUAACUGUGAUACUGUGAGAAUUAGACCACAGCUAAGGUUGUGUUGUACCAGCACAAAUGUGUCUUUAUAAGCAGGGUUGGAUGAUAGAACCUGGAAAUGUAUAAACAUAUCACCAAAUAUUAGUCAGUCUUAGUCAUACAAAUGAGUUCUGAAUCUUUCUGUUAGUCAUGUGUUGAAUCCAAUGAGUUUUUACAGUGAAAUGACUCAAAAUGAUCCCGUUCUGUAUUUUAUCAGAUACAUCAACAAAACAGAGAGCUUAUGGGAAAAUAUGUUGAGAGUCCACACACUAGUUCAAACUGGGGUGGAAGUUUACGUGUACAAAACUGUGCGUAGACAUGUCACCGCACACGCAGCCUUCAUACAUCCCAAUAUGCGGUGGAUUUGACGUAGCUGCACGUGGCACCUGAACCGCCCGGUCCCCGCCUCUAAAUACAUAUGCAAAGUGGAAUAAAUAGCAGGAAGUCACUCAUCACGAGCCCAAAUAACCAUGGCAACGGUGCUGUGACAGUCAAAGAACCGGCUCCUGUCGGCGGGAAAAAGAGACUGUAUCUACUCACCAUGAGGGAUUGUUUAUAGCGAAUUACAGCAAACCAACAACUUCUUGAAUGACUCAAACCUGACUUAAAAUGAAAAUGAGGCUAAUUGUGAAUUAGUUUCAUCACUCUGGUUUAAACCAUAAAAGCUCAAACUCAUGAAAAAAACAUCAGGUUUGAUGCUCCAUGAAUUAAAUAAAACUGAACAUAGUCAUGUUUCAGUGUAUUUAGGUGAGUUCUAGUUCUGUGUAGUUUAUUUUCGUCCAUUGAGAAGGUUUGCGUGGCUUUCGCACAUUUUCACGGCAGGUCAAAAGUUUGGGUGGAUUUACGCACACUUUUACGCAGCGUUCAUUUAUGUACAUGCCAAGUUGUGCGUAAAACAUUGUGCCGCAAGAUUUGUAUGUAUACUUGCGUACAAAAAUCAGUCCAUAAGGCCCCUGGACUAGAUCGCAUUGAAGCUCAAGCUCAGGAAGAAUGGUGGUCACAUCACAAUGAAGGAAAAUAUAAAGUAGGGAGCAGAGCCUGGAUUAAAUGCAAUUGUCCUUGCAGUACUGAACAGUAACAUCGCAAUGUCAUGUUUUCCAAACGUGCAGUUUUAGGUUAAACCAAAGCAGAUUGUGUUUUAAUGGCCCAGUCAAAGUUCAGACCUAUUUCUAUGCAUAUUUUUUUUUUCCAAGACUUGAAAAUUGCUUCAUAGAAGUUCUUGAAAUAUGAAAAGCUUUGGAAGGUGCUGUCAUAAAACAACAGAUGAAAUGCAUACAGAUUUAUGCCAUGUGUUCAUGGUCUGCACACUUUCAACUUUAGAUGAUAGUGACCAGUAUGCUAUCACUCAGACAAUGAUGGCAGAAGAGAAAGAUAAACGUGAGGAAAAUAUAAUGUUACAAUAACAUUACAAUCACAUUUUCCUAACACUGUGUAGCCCUAAUUAGCUUAAUCUUUCACCCCUGUUUACAUCAGGGUUUACAGACUGUUACCAUCUAGCGGCUUGUAUUUGGCUGUAUGGUAACCCAAGAUUUCAGGCACCGAAUAUCUCUGUUUGUGCACAGAAUAAAAAUAUUUUCUUCUAAAGUUUGAACAAAGCAAGGCACAUUCUUGAGCUAACUGCUAAAUUAAGCUAAAAAGUGGCCACUUGCCGGUAUAAUCGGGGUAACAAAUUUCCAAUUGGGACCCCACAUUGCUGACGGUACUUUCAAAGUUAACAGACCAAUUAGCAAUUUAGGGAUGGCUGAAUAAAUCUACACGUAAAUAUUUAACAACAUGUACUAGGCCUACAUGUGUUGUUUAGCUGUUUCACUUUUCUUAUUAAACUGAGAAACAAAACACGUUUUUUUUUAAAUAACAUUUUUGGGAUUUUUACCUUUUUAGAUGUGGUUUAUCAUCCAGCUCUGUUUCUUAGAAGUGUGUGAUUGUCUGAUAUUUAACUUGCACAUUUGUAUUAAAAGUAGCGAUGCACCAGUCAGUAACAGCCAGUAAUUGAAAUUGGCCAAUAUUUCUCUGAUCAUCUCUGAUCAGUAACUGGCAGGUGAAGCACAGCAAACUAGGAAACAUGAAUUGAAAUGUAAAAAUAAAAAAAAAACAUUUAAUUUUUAGAAAAAUAGAAUAUUCUCUGAUGGACUUUUUUGUUUUCUCUUUAGUACAAACUAGACUAAGGUAAUGGAGAUGUUUCAUGCAUGAAUGGGCAUAAUUUUGUAAUCCCUUCAUUUUCUGUUGGAUUCAAAGUUACUACCUCUAUUAAGGAAUCGCCAGAAUAUUUUUACUGUUAUAAUCAGCAUUUGAUUAAAUCGUUUAUUAAAUCAUUUAUUUAAAAAAAGUUUACACAAAUAACUAUGUGCUAUUGUCCUAAAACAGAAAACUGGAAGUGACUGAAGUCAUAAUUGGCAGGUCAGACCUAAAAGGAAACUGAAAAUCGCUAUGGGUCGGUAAAAGCCUGAUCGGUGCAUCUCUACUUACCAGUAGUUUAAAGCUGCCUUAAAAUCAAAGUGAAUGUUAACUGUGUCAUUACUUAAAUCUCAUUUUGUCCAUGUAAAAAUGUUUAGAAUGUUGCAUCAGUGUUUGCUUUCCAUAGGCAAAACUUGAAUGAAUUUCAGUGUUGACACUGCCAUAUGUUGAGAUAAGGCCUUUUAAAAUGGUUUCACCUCUGCAUCUGUACCAAUGCUGUGUCAUGUCUAACCUGUAAACAGUUUUGUUUUAAUAAAAACCGACUGUUGGGUGUGCUACUUUGCCACCGUCACCUAUAUGAGAUUAAACAAGUAGGUAAAAUCCAGAACUGUAGAAAGUGUGUAUUUUCACUGUUUAACUUAAUAAAACACACCUUAUGAUGAGGGUUA